AUUGGAAUUUUCAUGAGAAAAUGAAUCGAUUUAUUUAAUAGAUUGAUAUUGGUGUUUAUGUGUAAGUAAUGAUUUGAAUCUAAAUUAUAUUGUAUUCUUGCAUCAGCAGUUAAACAAUGGGGUUGUCUUUCACAAAGCUCUUCAGCCGGCUGUUUGCAAAGAGAGAGAUGCGUAUACUAAUGGUUGGUCUUGAUGCUGCUGGUAAAACAACCAUUCUCUACAAGCUCAAACUUGGUGAAAUUGUCACCACCAUUCCUACUAUUGGAUUCAAUGUGGAGACAGUGGAAUUUAAGAACAUUAACUUCACUGUUUGGGAUAUUGGAGGCCAGGACAAGAUUCGUCCACUGUGGAGGUACUAUUUCCAAAACACUCAGGGCCUAAUCUUUGUUGUUGACAGUAUCGAUCGAGACCGUAUUGUCGAAGCAAGGGAUGAACUGCACAAGAUGUUGAAUGAGGAUCAAUUGAGGGAUGCUGUUCUAUUGGUGUUUGCCAAUAAGCAAGAUCUUCCCAAUGCUAUGAAUGCUGCUGAAAUAACUGACAAGUUGGGCCUUCAUUCCAUUGGCAAGCGUCAUUGGUAUACAUUUUUUUAUUUAUUCUUUUCUUUUUUUUCUUUCUCCACUUUGCCCCUUUAUGGAUUGACUACAAAUUAUGGGGCAUGCAAAAUGCAGGUAUAUUCAGAGCACAUGUGCAACUUCUGGUGAAGGGCUGUACGAGGGAUUAGACUGGCUGUCAAACAACAUUGCUAACAAGGCGUAAAUCCUUCAGUCGGAAGUGACAAUGCACCACCCUGUGGCUUUGUUGUUUUCAAUGAAUUUAUGAUAUAUCUUUAUAUUUGUAAAUCUUGUGUAUCCGCCUUGGUGAAACUACUUUUAUGAACUUACAUGGAUUUGUAAACUUCUUUUCUAAUUUUCUUGGUUUCAUUCCCUGC